AUGUUUCAACAAUCAAUUAAAGGGUCUGUUGGUAAAUCAUUAAAACCUAUAGUUGCAUUAAGAUUCAAUUCUUCAAAAGUAACUCCACCACCACCUCAACCACCAAAUUCACAUAAUGAUACAACCCAUUUUGGUUUUAAAACUGUUAAUAAACAAGAUAAAGAAAAAUUAGUUGGUGGUGUUUUUUCAUCAGUUGCUUCUAAUUAUGAUUUAAUGAAUGAUGUUAUGUCUGCUGGUAUUCAUAGAUUAUGGAAACAUCACUUUAUUAAAAAAUUAAAUGCUGGUAAAAGACCAAAUUCAGUUGAACCAUUAGAAUUUUUAGAUGUUGCUGGUGGUACUGGUGAUAUUGCAUUUGGUUUGUUGGCCAAUGCUGAAGAAAAUUUUGGAGAUUAUGAAUCAAAAAUGACAAUUGCUGAUAUAAAUCCUGAUAUGUUAAAAGAAGGAGAAUUGAGAUAUAAAAAAUCAAAAUGGUCAGAUUCAGAUAGAGUUGAAUUUCUUGUUCAAAAUGGUGAAACAAUGAAUAAAAUCCCAGAUAAUUCAAAAGAUGUAUAUACUAUAGCAUUUGGAAUUAGAAAUUUUACAAAUAUUCAAGCGGGAUUAAAUACUGCUUAUAGAGUUUUAAAACCUGGUGGUAUAUUUGCAUGUUUAGAAUUUAGUCAAAUUGAUAAUCCGGUUUUAGAUUAUGCUUAUCAAGCAUAUUCAUUUAGUAUAUUACCUUUAAUGGGUCAAUUAAUAGCAAAUGAUAGAGAUUCAUAUCAAUAUUUAGUUGAAUCAAUUAGAAAAUUUCCAAAACAAGAAGAAUUUAAAAAAAUGAUUGAAAAAGCAGGAUUUUAUGUUCCUGAACCAGGUUAUGAAAAUUUAACAUUUGGUGUUGCUGCAAUUCAUAUUGGUAUAAAAAUAUAA